UCUGCGUGACACGCGAUAACGGUUCGAUAUGAACAAUCGAGCUGGGGAUAAUCUAUUGACAUCUCUAGCUGAAGCAGACUCCACGCUGACAAAAUUUUUAGAAUUUCGUUUUUGGAAUAAAUCUGCUAUUUUUUUUUGGAAAUAAUAACAAACGAGGUGUUUAUACAGUUGCAGCGUUAAUCUGCUGACACUCCUUCCCAUAUAUACACAGAAACGGUGGUGAGCAACCUUAUUUUUGUGAACAUGCAAAACUCCAAGUCGCGAAACUGGACGGCAAGGCCACAGCGACGUACUGCAUCGACAACGUUAACAGCUGCUAGUGAAUCAAAUACAAAGCUAGCCUCCACUACUGAUACGGCCAACUCCACAGCUAGCAACGAUGAUAACGCGUGCGUUGUCUGCUUCCGAAAUACUGAAAUUUAUGCUAUAGGUGACUGCGAUCAUCCCGUUUGCUAUGAGUGCGCCACACGUAUGCGUGUUUUAUGCAAGCAAAACGAGUGCCCAAUCUGUCGGCAUGUGCUCUCCAAGGUACUUUUCACACGGGAAAAAUUGCCUUAUCUUGAGCUAGACGCCACUAGUCGCUUCUACAGCAAAAAAUACCGUAUUGGUUUUUGCACCGCUGAUAUCCAGCAGAAAUUCUACCAGCUGCUUGAUCAUCCUUGCUCCAAGUGUGAUGUACCGCCGUAUCGCAAUUUUGAAGAUUUGCGUAAUCAUGUCCAGCGUGAGCACAAUGUUUACUUUUGUGAUCUUUGCGUAGACAAUUUAAAAAUAUUUACAUUCGAACGACGUUGCUAUACCAAAUCUGAGCUGGAGAUACACAGAGUUAAGGGUGAUAAAGAGGAUACUUCACAUCGUGGUCACCCGCUUUGUGAGCACUGCAAUCGUCGCUAUCCGGAUCGUGAUGAGCUCUUUAGGCAUUUGCGACGUGAUCACUACUUCUGUCACUUUUGUGAUGCCGAUGGACGCAAUGAUUGUUACAAUGUUUAUGAGGACUUGGCCAAGCAUUUUCGCGAGGAGCAUUUUCUAUGCGAGGAAGGUGACUGCGCCAAUGAACAAUUUACUUGGGCUUUUCGAAAUGAGAUUGAAUACAAAGCGCAUGUAGCCAGCGUACACGGCAAAAUGUUGACCAAGCAACAAGCUAAGCAAACUCGCACAUUGCAGCUAGAGAUUACAUUGGGACCACGCGAUAGACGUGAACAAAUGCAGCAACGAUUAGCCAACAUGAGAUCACGCAAUGAUAACCGUUUGGAGUACGUGGAGGAGUUGCCCUCGAGUAGUACCCAACGCCAGCAGCCUGUUACCAUUGAUGCUGGCAAUGAGGAAGAAUUUCCCACUUUAGCGGGCACUGGCACGGGACCAAAUGUGUCUUUAAUACGCGCUCCACCACCAUCUAUGCGUGUUCUUGGCAGCUCUUCUGGACUUAAGAAAACUAAAGAAAACUUUCCCGCUUUGGGUGGUUCUGGAGGCGCCAGUGUCGCUACGUCUAAUAGCAAUGUAGCAGCUGCUAAGAAACCUAUAAAAACUGCUGCAGCUGCUCUUGCCGCGAGUGGCAGUGCUGGGAAAGUGACGCGUGCCCAGGCGCCAGCUAAUGGCAUGCUCUUACAUGUUUCCAAUCGACCCACUGCCGGUGCCAGUAAAAAACCAGCGGGUGAAAUGGAUUUCCCAGCUCUCAACGCAGGCAAGGGCAAGAAGAACUUCCGUAAUCUGGAAGAAGACAUGGUGCCUAGCCCCUCAACGACAUCACGUGACAAUGUGGCGGCUAAGCAUCGCACUCUUGUCGAUGAUUAUGUAUCUGUAGCGCAUCCGAGUACCCAUCAAAAAUUACAAAUGGUUCAAAGGGAAGAACUAGAGGCUAAAGCACGCCAGGAAGCCAUGAAGAAGACUGCGCCCAAGCUAACAGUUGAUGAUUUUCCCAGCUUGGGUCCAGCCAGUACCAAAGUAGCAGUAGCACCGCCCGUAGCAAAAGCUGCCAGCGGAAAACUAAACUGGACCAAGCCAUCCACAGAUAAAAAGCAGCGAGAGUUGGAAAAUCGCAAGGCAAAAGUUGCGCCAGCGCCAGUGUUAACCACAACGAAGAGCACGACUAACAAUCAGGAAAAGCAACAAAAGGAUAAAAAAGAUACGAAAUUAGCUGAAAAGCAGAACAAGCAAGAGAAACAGCAAAAGCCCAACAAGCAAAAGGAAAAGAAUAACAUUAAUAAUAAUAACAAUAAUCAAAAAAACAAUAACAACAACAAUAACAACGAGCAACAGCUAAGCACCAAUAUAGACAUUUCUAAUGAGAAUUUACACCCAGGUGCCCCACCUGGUCUUAAACCACCGCCCGGCUUUAUGUCCAAUGUAACUGUUAACUCGGUAGCAAAGUUACCGAACAAUUUAACAUUUACUACUUCGUUGGGUGAAAACUAUAGCAUUGUGCCCAGUCCAUAUAGCUAUACGGAUCCACCAGAUACGGCCGCACGAAAUCAGAACUUGGUGGACCAACUUACAGAGAUACUUAAAUUACCCGAUGCUUUUAACGAAUUUCGCGUUUUAUCAUCCAAAUUUCGCGACGGAUCGUGCUCUGGUCAAACCUAUUAUGAUCAUUGUAAAUCUGCCAUGCAGCAUAAGUUUCACAGUUUGUUUCCGGAACUGUUAGUUAUGCUGCCCGACAUAAGCAAGCAACAGGAACUCUAUCUGGUGCACAAACAAUAUCUAAACACAUUGAGCAACUACGAAGCCAAGUCUUUGCCUAGCCUAGAAGUUUGUAGCACUUGCAAACAAAUACUGCAGGCCAGUGACUUGGACAGUCAUCAACAAGUCCAUAAAUUGACUAAAAAUUUUCCAAAGCUUGCUACAAAUAAUGGGUUGAAUAAUAAGUGCAAGCAAGAGCAGUGAACGCAGAUGAAAAUGCAAACAGUUAUCACAAAGUAAACAAAAUAGGCAACAAAUACGGAAGCUUUGCAUGUAUGUGUACAUUUUGUAUAUUGUAAUUAAUUCAAAAACUGGACUGUCCAUAGACCUACACGAAAAUAACGCUAUACUGCUAUGUAAUUUAUACGCACAUAGCUUAAA